AAAAGGAAGCCCCCCACCAAGAAUAUUUGGAUGAAAUUGAAACAGCUUCCUAUUCCCUCACAAUUCUGAAUUCAUCUUCUUCUUUUCCUCUUAUUCCUUGUUUCAACAACUCCUCUUCCUUUUCUUCAAAAUUUUCUUCUCUCUGCAUCUUCCUAAUCCUUAAUCGCUACUGCAACAAGAUCACGGUUAACUUUCCAGGAUUCAUCUCUUCUGUUUCGAAUGGCUCGUGUUCGGAAUUUCAGUUCUCAAGGAGGGAUGGUUAAUGAUGAUUACUGGGCCACCCUGAAUCGCUAUGAUGUCAAAAACCACCAUCAAAAGACAAGUAGGAGCAGUUAUUAUGAUUAUGGCUAUAGCAGCAACCAUUUUGAAUUCCUGGGGCAGUAUAAAGAGCAGGUCGAUAGGUCUAUUUAUGCAAGGCCUGAUACUUUGAACUCCAUCAAGCCUCAUAACUCUCAGUCUCUUAAGAGGAGGAAGUUUUCUGCUUCACGUUGGGAGGAUAGUGGGAGGUAUCAUUGGCAGCCAAGGACAUAUGAUAAUGGACCUUCAAUCUAUAGCAAUUUGGUCCACCCUCCUCCAAGAUCCAACAAUGAUGUCUCUACAUCUGCCAGCUGUAAACGAGAUCGCACAAUAAUGGAAGACGAUGAGCCUUUGUUUAUGUCCAGGGAUGAGAUUGAGAGAUGUUCACCUUCAAGAAAAGAUGGUAUAGAUACCAUACGGGAAACACAUCUGCGGUACACAUAUUGUGCCUUCCUUCAGAGUCUUGGUUUGCAGCUUGAGUUACCUCAGACUACCAUUGGCACUGCAAUGAUUCUAUGCCAUCGGUUUUUUGUUCGAAGGUCACAUGCUUGUCAUGAUAGAUUUUUGAUUGCCACAUCUGCACUUUUCCUUGCUGCAAAAUCAGAGGAGACACCACGACCUUUGAACAACGUCUUGCGAGCUUCAUGUGAAAUUCUGCACAAACAGGAUUUUAAUGUCUUAUCUUACAUGCUCCCUGUUGAUUGGUUUGAGCAAUAUCGUGAAAGCGUAACUGAGGCUGAGCAAUUGAUACUGACUACUCUAAACUUUGAACUCAACGUACAACAUCCCUAUGCUCCUCUUAUGUCUGUUCUUAAUAAGAUAGGUCUUUCACAGUCGAUCUUGGUGAAUCUUGCACUGAACUUGAUCAGUGAAGGUAGGUCAAUGAUGUAACAUUAAAAAUUAGAUUUGGGAUAUGUGGGUGCAAGAAUCUCAGUGGAAUGACAGAUUUCUUGAAUUUUGGCGUUGAUUGUGACACGAAAGAUGAUGCACUGGUGAUCUUCUUUCCCUUUGGGGAUCAAAAUGGUUUGUUACUUGUGUCAAUUGUUUUCUUGUUAGAGCGAGCUACCCUUGCACAUUUAUCCUACUAUGAAUUAUUGAUUCUUCUGGCAUGCGUAUAAUUUGCAGGAUCUAUGCACGAUUAACAUGCUCGCCUAUUUGAUAUACUUAGCUGGCGGAAUGAUAUGCUGUUCAUGGAAACUUUUGUUUUACAAGUGAAGUAAUUUUAACCAUGAAUAAACCCCAUCGACUUGGUACUUGGUGCUAAUGAUUGCCAAUGAGCCUACUGUGUCACUUUCUAUCUUCCCGUAGCCAAAAAUAUAUAUAUUUUCCUCCUCUCCCUGGAGCGUCCUCUCUGAGCCAUUCAUUUGCCUAUACCUUGAAAAAUAUGGAGUUUUUACUUCUGAACUUUUUGAAUCAGAAGGGCGUGCUUGUGAGAUUGGAUCUGCUAUCCAUUGUCUUUAUAACCUAGAGAACCGCUGCCAAUGAUCUUGUUUUUGUUCUUAUGUCCCUGUGAUGGAUGGUCAAGUGAGUUGAAUAGAGAAUUUUUUUCUGAUCAACUUCUUUGGACGAGCUUCUAUUUAGCACAAAAUAAGUCACAAUAGGGAUUUGGUUCUAUGAUAAAAUUCUUGGUCUUUCCUUUCAAGUUUCAAGAAUCAACUGUACCUAUGACAUGCCAACAGUGAGCUUAGCUCAACUUACAUAAAGUGUCUACCCUCGACUAAAAGGUUUGAGAUUCGAAUCUUCCCACCCGGCCACCCCAAGUUGAACUCAGAAAAAAGAAAACAAAAACAUGUCAAGCCACUGGGUUCUUGAUGUUCCGUUAGCACGUAUACAAGUAAGCCCUUCAGUUGAAAACCUUAAAUUUGCACCAACUUAUGUUUGUAAGUCGGGUAUUUGCUGACUGGUGUCUAUACCUGGUAAAUUAUCAUCUGGUAUUUUCAUCAUUUUGAGUCAGAGAGGGUGGAACUCAUAUGUGGUGUUACUCUGACUGGUUCAAGACAGGUGGAUUUUGAUCAGGGAUAUGGGUUAUCUUGAUAAGCAUGGAAUGUGAAUUGUGGAAGAUCAUUAAAAAAAUUAAAAUAAAAUGAUUUUGGAUCUCUUCCUCCCACAAAGAGAAUAGAAAAUGUAUGCAUUCUUAUCUAGCAGCCAGCGGGCUUUUUUUUCCUUUACUGUGUUAGGCCUCCUUCAUUUUCCAUUUUUCUCCCGUCCUUGAUUAAUAUGUAAUAUAUAACUGAAACCCUUUUAACUUAUUUUCUUGAAGAUGACAUUUUUUCUCUGCCUUUUGUAUUUUCAUCCAAAUUAAACCUGAAGUUUUGUCGUUUCACAUAAAUGUCAUAAUACUGACAUUAUUUUAUGACAAAAAUAUAUUUUACAUUGGGAUGUUUUGAUUCUGAAAUUUAUUUGCUUAUAUGUAAAAAUUUUAUGGCUUUUUUCCCCUUCUCAUAGCAGUUCUUUUUUUGUUUUUCUUUUUUCCUUGCAUUUUCACAUUUUGCUUUUGGUGUGUUCUGGCCCCUGUUGCUUUUGGUGUAUCUUUUAAAAAUCAUCAUGUAACUAUCUACAUCUCUUAGCAAUUUUGGAAUUUUCAAGAAACUAUAUAUAUAUUUUUUAAAAUUCUCUUAACAAUCAUCAUACCAUUGGACAUUCAACUGAUUGGUCUUUUCUGUGAUGCUCCUGUUGUCAAAUAAAUACCGUUCUCUUGUUAUUUGAUUUCUGGAUUUUGUAAGCUAUUAAAAUUUUGAAACUAUUGUGAAGUUGUUUCAAUUUCCCUCAUUUCGUUUCUGUGGAGGAUUGAAUCCUUUCUCUCUGUUUGACUUUUAUUUUUAAUAGUUUAUUCUGUUAUUCAGGACAUUAAAACUUUUUAAUGUAUGUUGUAAAAAUUUAGCACCGACCUAUAGUUGGAAAGAUGCAUGCCUGGCCUAUUUCAUCCUGCACUGGCUAAGAUUAUUUGAAUGAAUCUGUAAAUUUUUUUGUUUUUGUUUUGUUAUGAUGUAUCUAUUGACCAGUCAUUUUACAUGUGAUUUUAGGAAAUCCUGAAGGUGUAAACUUUUGAAAUAUUCAGUGACAUCAAGGUUUUGCAUUUAAUUUGUUGGACUUAAAAAUUGUAAAUUUAAUUCCACCCAGGUGAUGUCUGUUCCAAUUUAUAUCAUCAUUGGAAUCACGAUCAUCAAAUAAAUAACUCGUGAUCUGCAUGCUCAUGCACGUAUAAAGGUAGCUUUGUCCAUUGAAAUUCCACCCUCUCCUGCCCGCCCACCCACCAACCAAAACAGUUAAAAAACCACCUACCCAAAGACUGAGCAAAAUUACCUUCAGGGUACAAACAUUACAAUAGAUGCAACUUCCCGUGUCAAGGUAGUUUUGUCUGUAGAAACCCUACCCUCCCCCACCCAUCUAUGUUCCCAUCAAAGAGAGAAGAACAAAACUCAUGUCCCAGCCCUAGACUGGGAGAAACAUUACCUUUAAUUAAGGUACAAGCUUUACGAUAGAUGCAACUUUCCAUAAACUUGAGUUCUUACCUACAGAGUACUGACAAAACAACUCAUGCUGACGACCAGAAAAAUGUAAUGACCAGUACACUAUAUAUUUAUAUACGUAUAUGCUGUAUAUAUGUGUGUGGAAGAAUUAUCUUUUCUUCUCAUGUGUAUUUUAUUCAACCGUGGGAAUUAUGGGUUAUAUCUGUAUGUGGGGUUAGCUUGCAUGCUUUCAAGCACAAUGAGAUGAGAGUGCUUGAUGAUAUUCCAGUCCAGAUCAACAUUUACGUCAUUUAGAGCUGAAGAUGGUGGGUUGCUUUGAGAAGUAUGAUUGUUUGCAAUAUGCCACAACCUCCUGUCUUUUAGUUUGGGUUGCAUUAGUCUGGAAUCAAAAGCCCCUGCUGCCAAAUUUACCUGGGAGUUUGAUGUAUUCUGUAUAUGGGGUAUAACAUAUAUCAUAUGAUAAUGAUA